AUGUCAGGAACAGGAGUUCCACCAAUCAACAUUGAGGGCACCGCUGAUUGGUCAUCCUUAAGCAGGACGAUCAACAAUAAGGGAAUUCAAUUCUCUGAGGCAAGGACGGCGGGAAACAGUGUGAAGGUGUUUAACAACACACCCACAGACUACCGGCAGCUAGUUACCCUGCUAGACUCAAUGAAGAGGCCCUUCUUCACCUACCAGCUGAAGGAGGAUAAGUUGGACCAGAGGGUGAUUCGAGGACUUACCAGAGAGAUGUCUACCUAA